AUGCGGAUCAAGUUUGCAUGCCUUUUGCGCAGAGAUAUCCGCAGCACAUGCUUCCCCAUGUGCCCUUCCAUGCUUCCCCAUGUGCCCUUCCAUGAUUACCCAUGUGCCCUUCCAUGCUUCCCCAUGUGCCCUUCCCUGCUUCCCCAUGUGCCCUUCCAUGCUUCCCCAUGUGCCCUACCAUGCUUCCCCAUGUGCCCUUCCAUGCUUCCCCAUGUGCCCUACCAUGCUUCCCCAUGUGCCCUUCCAUGCUUCCCCAUGUGCCCUUCCAUGCUUCCCCAUGUGCCCUUCCAUGCUUCCCCAUGUGCCCUUCCCUGCUGCCGCCCCUCCCCUUCCGUGCUUCCUCCCUUCCCCUUACCGCCUUCCCCCCAUUCCAUUCCCUGCUUACCCCCCUCCCCACCCCUGCUUUUCCCCCCACCCUUCCCUGCUUCCCCAUGUCCCCUUCCCUGCUUCCCCAUGUCCCCUUCCCUGCUUCCCCAUGUCCCCUUCCCUGCUUCCCCAUGUCCCCUUCCCUGCUUCCCCAUGUCCCCUUCCCUGCUUCCCCAUGUCCCCUUCCCUGCUUUUCCCCAUCCCCUUCCGUGCUUCCCCCCUUCCCCUUACCUGCUUCCCCCCCAAUCCAUUCCCUGCUUACCCCCCGUCCCUCCCGUGCUUUUCCCCCCACCCUUCCCGGCUUUGUGGGGUCCCCUUCCCUGCUUAGAGCCAAACCAUUCCCUGCUUCGCCCCAUCCCCUUCCCUGCUUCCCCUUGUCCCCUUCCCUGCUUUUCCCCAUCCCCUUCCGUGCUUCCCCCCUUCCCCUUACCUGCUUCCCCCCAUUCCAUUCCUUGCUUACCCCCCGUCCCUCCCGUGCUUUUCCCCCCACCCUUCCCGGCUUUGUGCGGUCCCCUUCCCUGCUUAGAGCCAAACCAUUCCCUGCUUCCCCCCAUCCCCUUCCCUGCUGCCCCUUGUCCCCUUCCCUGCUUUUCCCCAUCCCCUUCCGUGCUUCCCCCCUUCCCCUUACCUGCUUCCCCCCAUUCCAUUCCCUGCUUACCCCCCGCCCCUCCCGUGCUUUUCCCCCCACCCUUCCCGGCUUUGUGCGGUCCCCUUCCGUGCUUAGAGCCAAACCAUUCCCUGCUUCGCCCCAUCCCCUUCCCUGCUGCCCCUUGUCCCCUUCCCUGCUUUUCCCCAUCCCCUUCCGUGCUUCCCCCCUUCCCCUUACCUGCUUCCCCCCAUUCCCUUCCCUGCUUCCCCCCCUCCCCUUCCAUGCUUCCCCCUGUCCCGUCCCCUGCUUCCCGCUGUCCCGUCCCCUGCUACCCCCCACCCCCUUCCCUGCUUCCCCGCUUGGUGGUGUAG